AGAGGACAGGCAGAGAGCAGUCAGUCGGUCUCCGUGUGAUGCUCUGUUGGUUGUUCUGUUGGUAGUUCUGGUUAAAGCUCCAUCCUCUACACACAGCGCUCCUUCCCCACUCAGUCAAAACCUGAAGGACUAUGACUGAUAGAGCCAUCUCCCAAUUCAAGGUGACCCAGCUGGGAAGAUAAAACAUUUCUGACCUGUGCAUCCUACACACUCCUUCAGAGAAAUGAGGACUAUCUCACUGGGCAUGGUGUGGCUCUGUCUUGGCCUGUCCCUGGAUGCUUUGUCUUUGAGUGGACAGAGAAUAGAGACAGUGGGUGAAGAAGGAACUGAAGCAGCGAUCAGAGGAGAGAAGCUGCUCAAAAGAGUGAGACGAGGCUGGAUGUGGAACCAGUUUUUCCUGCAGGAGGAGUAUACGGGCAGCGACUACCAGUACAUUGGCAAGCUCCAGUCGGACCAGGACUACGGCAACGGCAUAGUCAAGUACGUUCUGUCCGGCGAGGGGGCCGGCACCGUCUUUGUCAUUGAUGAGAAUAAUGGCGACCUGCACGCCACUCGCCGCCUGGAUCGCGAGGAGAAGGCGUUUUAUAUCCUCAAAGCCACCGUGGUCAACAAAAGGACGGGUCUAAAGCUGGAGCCGGAGACCGAGUUCACCGUCAAACUACACGACAUCAACGAUAACGAGCCUCAGUUCGGCAAAGAAGUUUACACCGGCAGUGUGCCGGAGAGGUCCGAUAUCGGUACAUCGGUGAUCCAGGUGACAGCUACAGAUGCUGACGAUGGUAUGUACGGGAGCAGUGCCAAACUGGUCUACAGCAUCAGCCAGGGACACCCGUACUUCUCUGUGGACCCAAACACAGGUGUGAUCCGGACAGCUUUGGGUCCUGGUGACAUGGACCGCGAGCAGAGAGAGCACUAUCAGGUGGUGAUUGAAGCUAAAGAUAUGGCCGGACAGAGAGGAGGGCUCACUGGAACCACCGUCGUUAACAUCACCCUCACUGAUGUCAACGACAACCCUCCCCGCUUCACUCAGAGCAUUUACCAGUUCAGAGUUCCCGAGUCGUCCAAGUCUGGCACUCCAGUUGGGAGAAUCCGAGCCACUGACAGAGACAUCGGGAAGAACGCUGAGAUGUACUUCACCAUCGUCAGUGGAGACGGCAUGGACAUGUUCGACAUCUCCACUGACAAAGACACCCAGGAGGGAGUCAUCUCCGUCAGCAAGCCUUUGGAUUUUGAGAAGAAGCCGUCGUACACAGUAGAGAUCCAGGUCCAGAACACCCAGGUGGACCCUCGCUUCAUGUCCGCAGGCUCCAAAGACAUGGCCACGGUUCGGAUUGGCGUGGACGACGUGGAUGAGCCGCCGCUGUUCGACAAAGCCAGCUAUCUGAUGGAGGUGAAGGAAGACGCUGCAGUGGGCGUGGCUGUGGGCUCAGUUAGUGCAAUGGACCCCGAUGGAGCUCGCAGCAUGGUCAAGUACUCUAUCGACCGUCGCACCGACAUGGACCGCCUGUUCAACGUCCAUCCAGGGAAUGGAUCUGUGUUCCUGCUCAAAGGCUUGGACAGAGAGGAGACUGCCUGGCAUAAUAUUUCAAUCAUCGCCACUGAGUUCAAUAAUCCCCGUCAGAGCAGCCAUGUUCCGGUCUACAUCCGCCUGCUGGACAUCAACGACAACGCCCCCUCCUUCGCCACCGAGUACGAAACCUUUGUCUGUGAGAGGACUAAGGCUGGUCAGCGGAUCCAGACGGUGAGCGCUGUCGAUGCCGACGAGCCGUCAACGGGACACAAGUUCUUCUUCAGCCUGGCUCCUGAGGGGACCCACAAAAGCAACUUCACUGUCCGAGAUAACGGAGAUAACACUGCCGGCAUCCUGACACGUCGCGCCAGCUACAGCCGCCUUCACCAGAGCUUCUACCUGGUUCCCGUGGUGAUCACCGACGGCGACUACCCCAUGCAGAGCAGCACCGGCACUCUCUCUGUGAGGGUGUGCACCUGUGACCGUGAGGGCAACAUGGAGCUGUGUAAUGCAGAGGCUCUGAGCAGCUCUCCUGGUCUCAGCACCGGAGCUCUCAUCGCCAUCCUCCUGUGUGCCAUCAUACUGCUCAUGAUCGUGGUUCUGUUCACAGCGUUGAAACGCCAAAGAAAGCAGGAGCCUCUCAUCAUCUCCAAGGAGGAUGUCCGGGACAACGUGGUGAGCUACAACGACGAGGGCGGAGGAGAGGAGGACACCCAGGCUUUCGACAUCGGAGCACUGCGACACCCGGACGCCGCCGCCACCUUAGAGGAGUCCGCCAAACAGAGGCGUGACAUCAUCCCCACCGACACCCUGCUGUACCCGCCGCACCGCCGCACCGCCCCCGCCCCCUCUGGCCUCAUCAUGCCGCCGGUCAGCGUGGCGUCACGGGAUAACGGGGACGUGCGUGAGUUCAUCAACCAGAGGGUGCUGGAGAACGACUGUAACCCGACAGCACCGCCGUACGACUCGCUGGCCACCUACGCCUACGAGGGCGCGGGCUCUGUGGCCGAGUCGCUGAGCUCGCUGGGCUCGGCGUCGUCCGAGGCCGAGCAGGACUACCACUACCUGAGUGACUGGGGGCCCAGGUUCAGGAAACUAGCUGACCUGUACGGGGCUGAGGACAGUGACUUCUCUUAACGAAAACACCACAAACACACACACUCACUUCCAUGUCAAAGACAGGUUCAGGAGCGAUUUUGAGGACAUCAACGUCGUGACUACCACACACUCAAUAUUAGAGAUUGUGAACAUUACUGAUGAGCUUUAAUAAAAUCUGUUUAAAAAUACAGACAAUCCACACGAUGAAGCCACCUGAUCCACUGCACAUGGAUCCAAAAUGGAGCUUACCAAGUUAUUUUCAAAAGGGGACAAAAGUCCUAAAGAUGUGAUUUUGGGAAUGGGAAUUAAUGGAUGUAGAAAUGUAAAUUAACCAGCACAACAGUGAAGCCCAAAAUCCUUCAGUUAAACCAGUGUCAACCCCUUCAAAGACUCAUUUCUGGUCUGAAUAGAAUCUUGAGGAUCUUUUUUAGUAUUUGAGAAUUGGACUUAAAAUAUGUUCAGGCUUUGCUUUAAUCUCUCCUGGGUUACCAAAUAACCUUUUUUGCAGAGUGUUUCUCGUGGCUUUACAUGUGCCAUUCAAGGCAAACUCAAUGGAGGAAAGUGUUGGGAACCAGGUCAGUCAACAAAACCCCAGUGGAGUUUUUCAGGACACUUACUUCUGCAGAUAGGAAGUGAAGAGUGUGGGGAAGACAACUUUUUUUCUUUUUUUCUUUUUGACUAAGUGCCCUUCUGCUGCCCUUCGAGCUGAACUGUGGAUGCCUGUAGGUUGGCUGAGACUGGAGGGGGCUAAUGACUCUUAAUAUGAUUGCGUUUUGUCUUUUUUGCUGUCUUGUACAAAAGGACCAUUCCAGAGGAGCUGCUCUGAAGGAUCCUCGCUUGAAAAAUCACCUUCUUCGGAACACAGAGUAAAAAGAGGACAACUCAUAUGACUAAAUGCACUGAUUUCUUUACGCAGGUUUUUCGACUUUUUGUUUUGGGUAGAUUUUUAGCUUCUUGAUUAAGUGUAUAUUGUGUCAGAAAUGUGGUUGAACUGAGUUAUAUUGGAAGUAUGCUAAGUUCUAUAAAUCUUUAAUUUCACUGCAGUCUUUUUUUUCUACAACAAAAUACAACUCCGGAUAUCAUAUAUGUUGAACAAUGUUAAAAAAUGGCUUUUCAUUUGAGAAUAUGUUUAAUAUUUACAUGAAGGACACGGAGAAGCCCUGCCUUCGCAGUAGAGCUGUCACUUUUCAUUCAGAUUUCAAACUACUGUUUGCUUUUACCAAACUCAAAAAUACCAAUGUUUAAGCACAAUAAGCCAUUUGUCAGGCAAAGAUUGUGGUUGUGGAUUUUGGUUACAUAUUAGAGCAGCACUAAUCAAUAUUUUUAUAAUAACAAUGGAUCAAAUGAUUACAUGUAACGUGAAAGGGGUGGAUUGUAGUGACGAGCCUCCAGAGGAAUACUCCAGAGUAGUAGUGCUGUAGCGCCUUUCAGCUCCGUUGUUUUGUUUUUUCCAGCCCGCAAUAUUACUGUUUUGAUUGAUUCCCACCGUUCUCAUUAGCCUCAUCUCCAGUAGCAGGGAACUGGUGAACACGAAGCAUCUAGCAGCUAAAGAGAUGGAUAUUUUUCCUCAGGAGUUGGUGGAAACCGAACCAGAGCUAAAAGUAGAGGGAAUACAUGUUGUUGCUAACCAUAUCUGCUGUAUGUAAACAACUGUUGUUAACACAUUAGCCAUAACAAGAAUAAUGUGAUAAUAAAAAAGUAAAUAAGCAGCCACUUAGCUUAGCUUAGCUUAGCUUAGCAAUAAGCUAAAAAGGGGCAAAUAGACUGGCUUUGUCCCAAGGUAACAAAAUCCAUCUACCAGCAUCUCUAAAGCUCACUAAUUAAAGUGGCAGUAGGCAGUAUAUUUUUGGCAUUAUUGGGCAAAUAUUCCAUAAUAACCUUUCAGCAUAUUGUA